AUGUCGUCAUCCCCAUCCCCUUCUACCUCUAAACUCACCCAAGAUAACGUAGAAGAAGAAGUGUCUGAAGUUACAGAUAAAGAAAACACGCCUUUAUCCGAUCAGAAGCAUUCCAGUUCUGACUCUGAAGAACAGGAGGAAGAGUCGAAAGAUGGUGUAGACGAGAGCGCCGUUUCAGGAACGACAGAACGCUCGACGACGAUCACACCAGCGCCAACGAGCCACACUGAUGCAUCCCAAUGGCAAGCUGUCUGGAGCCCUCAAUACAACGCAUACUAUUUCUUCAACGCCACCACACAGCAGACCACAUGGACGAACCCUCUCGUGCCCGAGGGAACCUCACACGAUGCCCAACAAGAACCGGCCUCUGCUACAGGAGAGAAGAAAAAGGAGGAUGAGGAGGAACCAGAAUCUAGUUCCAGUGCGGGGCAGACACAGUUGUCUGCCGUGGCUGCGCAGAACGCGGCCAUUGAAGCAGCGGCACUCGCUCAGGGCAUCGACCCCGUUUUGGCUCGUUUGGAUCCUUCUCUUGUUGCUUCUGCUAUGGCUCCUGGGCAAACUGUUCCCGGAUCCCUCCCAACGUUCACUGCCCAGUUCAACGCCCGUACAGGACGCUUUGCAGCCGUCUCAUCGUCCUCUUCAUCUUUUCUCCCCUCCUCAUCGGGUCCUGUACGAACCCCCGCUCAUCUUUCAGAAUACGAACGCGCGAAGCGCAUGAGCUCUUUCUACUUUGAUGUAGACAAAUGGGAGGAAGACCUGGCGAAGCGUGGUGGGAGACUCAUGGGUGAAGAAGGGGAAGGUGCAGAAGAAGAAGGAGGUAAGAAGAGGAAGAGACCUAGCAAGAAAGACAUCGAACGUUAUAAAGAGCAGAAAAAGCAGAAGAAAAUUGCCAAAACGGCUUGGUUGCGUACUUAG